CAUCGCCGCUCGUCUCCUCGAUCGGGCCUGCAUCCAAGCUCUCGCCUGCUUUUCUACCUCUUGAUCCACAUCCGCCAUGUCCCACGAUCCCUCGCUCGCUGUCCAAGUCACCCACCUGGACUUUGGAUACGGUGGCCCCCAGAUCCUCCGCGACGUCAACCUCAGCCUCGAGCGGGGCUCCCGCUGCCUGCUCAUCGGCGCUAACGGUGCAGGCAAGUCCACGCUGCUCAAGGUCCUCUCGGGCAAGCGCCUGACCAAGGGCAACAUCAAGGCCUUGGGCAAGAACCCCUUCUUUGAAGGAUCUGUGGGCGUGACCUAUCUCGGAACCGAAUGGGCUCUGAACCCCGUCGUCCAUCGUGAGCUUGCCGUUGCUCGACUGCUCAAGACCAUGGGCGCCGAGCGACAUCCAGAGCGCUGCGCCCGCCUCCUCGAGAUCCUGGAUGUCAACCCAGACUGGACCAUGAACGAGGUCUCGGACGGCCAGCGGCGCCGUGUGCAAAUCGUCCUUGGGCUGCUGGAGCCCUGGGAUCUGCUCCUGAUGGAUGAGGUCACCGUCGACCUCGACGUCCUCGUGCGCUCCAACCUGCUCAAGUUUCUGAAGGAAGAAACCGAGUCCCGCCAGGCAACGAUCAUCUAUGCAACCCACAUCUUUGACGGCAUCGGCGGAUGGCCUACGCAUGUGGCGCACAUGUGGGAGGGCCAAAUCGAUCUUGUCCGCGAUGUCAACGAAGGCUUUCCUGAGCUCGAGGAGGAGCGUGACCGGCUGCUCAAGUCAGGAUCGACUCUGGCCACGAUCGACAACUCGCCGCUGCUGUGUGUUGUUGAGAAGUGGCUGGCGGCCGACUACCAGAAGCGAGGUCUGACGGGCCGCCGCAAUCCCGAAGGCAAGGUCAUGACAAAGUGGGAUAUCCUCAGCGAGAACAUGAGGGCAUUCGGCGACAAGUACUACAACUACUACACCAACAAGGACUAGACCCGAGGGCCGACGCACUUGUUUCUGUGGCUCUGAGGUUUGUGACUGAGGCCAUAGCCCUGUCGAUUCAACAAUACAUUUGCCCAGCGUCGCCAUAA